AUGAUGAGCGUAGACGACGAAGGUUCGUGUAGACGGAGAAACGCAAAUAUCCGAAUCACCGGCACGCCCGGCACCGGCAAGACUACCCAUGCGAGGAUGCUGGCACAGGAAUCCAACGGCUCAAUGAAGGCAAUCAACAUCGGCGAUUUUGUGAACGAACAUGUUUGCCACGAAGGAUGGGAUGAGGAAUGGCAGAGUUGGUUAGUGGACGAUGAAAAACUCUUAGACGAAUUGGAACCUCUGAUGUCUUUGCCGGAAGGAGGAACUAUAUUGGAUUGGCCUUCUUCAGAAAUCUUCCCCGAGAGAUGGAUUGAUUUGAAGAUUCAAGAGAAAAACGAAGCUGAAAUCAUGGGCGAAUGUCUCGAGGAGGCCAGAGAGAAUUAUGAUGAAGAAAUCGUGAUCGAGUUAGAGAGUGACACUAUCAACGCCAUCGACUCUAAUAUCCAUCAUAUUUUGGCUUGGACUGAACGAUGGAAAAAUGCUAAUCAACAUUCAUAA